GGUCUCAUCAUUGCUGUUAUCAUCAGUACUGGAAUCAACCCUAAGGCUAAGUCUUACUAUCUCUUUGAUGGUUAUGCCCAUCUCUCUUCUGGUCUUGCCUGUGGUCUCGCUGGUCUCUCCGCCGGUAUGGCUAUUGGCAUCGUCGGUGAUGCUGGUGUUAGAGCCAAUGCACAACAACCAAAGUUGUUCGUGGGAAUGAUUCUGAUUCUCAUCUUUGCUGAAGCACUUGCGUUGUACGGUCUCAUUGUUGGUAUCAUCCUCUCUUCUCGAGCUGGUCAAUCUAGAGCCGAGUGAAGAUAUCAAAAGUAUCUCUCGCGUAUGCGCUAUAAAUCCUUGUAAUGUUUUGGUAUUUUUUUACUUUCGGUUUUUUUUCUUUUGUGGUAUUGUGAGUUUUGAGUUUCUCAUGAAAACAAACACCAUGGGUGAAAAGACUUCUGGUUUCAAAACCAUUUAUUUUAUUUUAUUUUCUUUGCACACUACAUAUAUGGAUAAAUCAAUAAGUAAUAAUAUAUGACCAUUCUCUU